AUGGAGGCUUUGGCGAUGACAAAGACUGAAAUGGAAAUAUGCCAACCUAGUUAUACUAGAAGACUAAAAAAACCCAAUCCUAAAUACUGUUCGGGUUGUGCUUUUCGGGAAGAUGUUGCUGGACAAGGCUCUUUGGUUAAAAGAAAAGAUGUUAUGGAAAAUAGAGAAUUGUUAAUGAAUUUAGUGGAAAAGUUAGAGAGCGGGGAAUUGUCAUUCUUGCCGACUCAAUCCUCACUUACAGAAGACUUUUGUUUAAUAGACAAGAAAACCAAUCAGCAAAUCAAAUUAGGAAGCCGGGAAACAAAAUUAGAAGGAGGUUGUUUUUUAGUAAAACCCUUGGUCUAUAAUGCUGAUUGA